AUGAGCGCAUAUCUUUCACAAACCCUUCGAAGGGUCCCUUCAUCACCUAUUCGCCUCACUGCUCAACGCACACUUGCCACUGCUGCCAUCAAACCCGUGGUUGAAAAAGAUUGUCGUUCUAUCACUCCUCCUUAUACCAAAUUGAAUGAAAAGCUUUCCACUGUGCGUCGUAUCCUUGACAACCGACCCCUCACUUUGGCUGAAAAGAUUGUCUAUGCUCAUUUGACCAACCCUGAAGAAACCAUCCCUGUACGUGGUGAGACCUAUCUCAAGUUGUCACCUGAUCGUGUUGCUAUGCAAGAUGCCUCUGCUCAAAUGGCAUUGCUUCAGUUUAUGAUUUCCGGCAUGAGCACCACGGCUGUUCCAUCGUCGAUUCACUGCGAUCACUUGAUUGAGGCCUACUCGGGUGCUGACAAGGAUGUGGCAUCCUCUAUCGUGACGAACAAGGAGAUCUUUGACUUUUUGGAGAGUGCAGCCAAGAAAUACGGCAUUGCUUUCUGGAAGCCUGGUAGUGGUAUCAUUCACCAGAUUGUCCUUGAGAAUUAUGCAGCUCCUGGUGGUUUGAUGUUGGGCACCGAUAGUCAUACUCCCAAUGCAGGUGGUUUGGGUAUGGUUGCUAUUGGUGUUGGUGGUGCAGAUGCCGUGGAUGCUAUGGCCGAUAUUCCUUGGGAACUCAAGGCACCCAAUGUCAUUGGUGUCAAAUUGACCGGUCAACUUAACCCAUGGGCUAGUCCAAAGGAUGUGAUUCUCAAGCUUGCUGGUUUGCUCACUGUUCGGGGUGGUACUGGUCAUAUUAUUGAGUACUUUGGUGAAGGUGUGGAGAGCCUUUCUUGCACUGGUAUGGCUACCAUCACCAACAUGGGUGCUGAAGUGGGUGCCACUACCUCUUUGUUCCCUUACACCAACAGCAUGCGCUCCUACCUUGCUGCCACCGGUCGUUCUCAAGUUGCAAAGGCAGCUGAUGCCAAUGCUCAUUAUCUUGCUGCUGAUCAAGGUUGCCAAUACGACAAGGUCAUUGAAAUCAACCUUUCCGAAGUUGAGCCUCACAUCAAUGGUCCCUUCACCCCUGAUUUGAGCACACCUCUUUCCAAGUUCAAGGAUGUGGUUAAGGAGAAUGGAUGGAAGGAUGAAUUGUCCGCUGGUCUUAUUGGCAGUUGCACCAACUCAUCUUACCAGGAUAUGUCACGUGCCGCCUCCAUUGUGGAACAAGCUAGCAAAGCUGGUAUUCCCUUAAAGUCCAACUUUUUGGUCACCCCUGGUUCCGAACAAAUUCGUGCUACCAUUGAACGUGAUGGUCAAACGGCUGUUUUUGAAGGUGUUGGCGCUCAAGUGCUUGCCAAUGCAUGUGGUCCUUGUAUUGGUCAGUGGAAGCGUGUUGACAUUGACAAGAACAAGAAGGAAGAGAAUGCCAUCAUGACUUCAUUCAAUCGUAACUUCCGAAGCAGAAACGAUGGUAACCCCAAGACCAUGAACUUUUUGGCUGCACCAGAGCUUGUGACAGCUAUGGCAUUCUCUGGCAAGCUUUCAUUCAACCCUAUGGUGGAUAGCUUGGUUGACAAGGAUGGUAAUGAAUUCCGUUUCCAACCUCCUCAAGGCGAUGACCUUCCUCAACAAGGUUUCGAGAUGGGCCGUGAUACCUAUGAACCACCUUCGCCUACACCUACUGCCGAUCCUUCUGUGGAUGUCGUUGUUUCACCUACCUCCAAUCGUCUUCAGGUGCUUGAGCCAUUUGAAGCAUGGAAUGGUCAAGAGUUCAAGGAUGUGCGUGUGCUUGUCAAGGUUCAAGGCAAGUGUACCACUGACCACAUUUCUGCUGCUGGUCCAUGGCUCAAGUAUAAGGGUCAUCUUGAAAACAUUGCCGAGAAUACCUUGAUUGGUGCUGUGAAUGCGGAUAAUGGUCAAGUCAACUUGGUGCAAGAUGUUACCAAUGGCAAGGAAGACACCAUUCCUGCUGUUGCAAAGAGCUACAAGAGCCAAGAUAUCCCAUGGAUGGUGGUUGCUGAUCACAACUAUGGUGAAGGUUCUGCACGUGAACACGCUGCUCUUCAAGUGCGUUAUCUUGGUUGCCCUGUCAUCAUUUCUCGAUCAUUUGCACGUAUCCACGAAACCAAUCUCAAGAAGCAAGGUGUCUUGCCACUUACUUUUGCCAACGAGAACGAUUAUGAAAAGAUCGCUGGUGGUGAUGUGAUUGAAACCAAGGGUGUUAAGGAUAUCGCACCUGGCAAACCUGUUCAAUUGAUUGUUACCAAGCCUGACGGUUCCAAGGUCACCAUUGACGCCAAGCACACCAUGAGCGUGGAUCAAAUCGAGUGGUUCCAAAAGGGCAGUGCCCUUAAUCUCAUUAGCGAAAAGGUUGCCGCCUCCGCAUAA